GUGUGCUCUAGGUUUACUUAGGAUGGACGCGUUUGUUUGAUGGUCACGCGCUGCAGAAUUGUUGUCCGCGCGAGCGUCAUUCCCGAUGAAAAGGAGUGCGGACUGAAGAGGCGCGCGGAGAGAGCGUUUGUUAUGUGAACAUGGGCAGCUGAAAGCUCUGGAUCUAGUGGAAACGAAAGGUUGGAAUGGUUGCCUUAUACCUCUCGCCAAAGUGUUACUGUAACUGGACUGAAGGAAGUUAAAGGGGCUUUUCAGCUUCACCACAGUAACAGAAUAUUGAGGGGCGCUGCGUGCUAACGAGCUACAUGGGACAUACUUUGAAUUAUUUAAUUGCGGCUCGCGCAAGCGCGUUUUGAGAAUAAUGACGCGCAGAUGGUAGACUAAAGCGCGUUCAUGGAAAACGGACACAUUUGCGUUUGGGAAGGUAAAAACUGACACUGUAUCGAGCGCGUUUGGCCCCUCUCGUCAUGCGGCGGUGGGGGAGGAUCGGAGCAGGGACCUUGCAGCGGAUUUCAUGUUUCGCAACAAUGUUAAUGCCCCAUACCGAGGGAUUAUAAGGCCUCAAAAUGACACUUGGUUUACUAAUGUGCACUCGAGAAGUUGCGUAUAGAGUUUGUCCUGCGAAUUUCUAUCGAUAAUAACCAAAGCUGAAAGCCCAAUUCAGUCGAAAGUCAUUAAACGGGACUGUAUAUAUCAAGUAUCAAUUGAAUAGCAUCCAGCACAGCAUGCCAAGUCUAUGAUCUGUAUUGCUUGCUUGAGUUGGACAGGGUAUCAUUUCGGAAGCUUUUGUGUAUCUUAACGCGUCUUUAUGUGUGAAGUUAUUUUGUGGUCCUCUGCGCAAAUGGCGUCUUUCCCAGACUCCGACCUGCAAACAUGUCCGCUGUGCAAGGAGCUGUGCGGCUUCUCUGCUCCGAUCUCCUCCAAUUCAUCUACCUCCUCCUCGUCCUCCCAGACCUCCAGCUCCUCAUCUACCUCAUCCACCAGGAGACUGCACGUCCUGCCCUGUCUCCACGCCUUCUGCAGGCAAUGCCUAGAGGGCCACAGGAGCCCAGGUGAUCCGCUGAAGCUCAGAUGCCCCACAUGCGACCAAAAAGUGUCUCUGUCGGAAUCCGGCGUGGACGCGUUGCCUUCCUCCAACUUUCUCUUCAGUGACCUGCUGGAUGUGGUGGUCUCUGCUGAGGAACAGGGCAAGAACGGUCGGUCUUCAUCGGUGGUCCAUCACGGCGGUCUUCUGAGACCCCAGCAUCUGUCAGACCCUCAGUGCAGCUCUUGUGAUGAGGGCAACCCCGCUGCUUCCCACUGCCUGGACUGCCAGGAGUAUCUGUGUGAUAACUGCGUCAGGGCUCACCAGAGGGUCCGACUCACCAAAGACCACUUCAUCGAGGGGCUUCUGGAGAGCUUACACCUGGCCAACCGCACCAACAACUCCAACACCCCCAUCAACAUCUCCCAGUCCUUCCACAACAGCUUCUCCAUGCUGAAUGUUUUCCAGGAGAGGAUGGACUUCUGCCAGCACCAUGAUGAUGAGGUGCUGCGGUUUUUCUGUGACAGCUGUGGUGUGCCAAUCUGUAGAGAGUGCAGCCUGGGCAGACAUGCAGGUCACAGUUUCACUUACCUGCAGGAAGCCCUGCAGGACUCCAGAGCGCUGACCAUCCAGCUGCUCGCAGACGCACAGCAGGGCAGACAGGCUGUACAGCUGAGCAUCGAGAAAGCCCAGGCCAUUGCUGAACAAGUGGAACUGAAGGCUAAGGUUGUGCAGUCAGAAGUGAAAUCCAUCACUCUUCGUCACAAGAAAGCUCUGGAAGAACGUGAGUGUGAGCUGCUCUGGAAGGUGGAGAAGAUUCGCCAGGUGAAGGCAAAAUCACUUUACCUGCAGGUUGAGAAACUACACCAGAGUCUCACCAAGCUGGAUAGUACUAUCGCCACAGUGACACAGGUUCUAGAAGAGGGUCGUAGCAUAGAUGUCCUGCUAGCACGAGAGCACAUGUUAAAUCAGCUACAGGAGCUUAAAUCCAUCCGCUGCAUCCUACAGCCCCAAGAAGACGAUCGCAUUAUGUUUACACCACCAGACCAGGCUCUUCUGAUUGCCAUCAAGUCCCUGGGCCUCAUCAGCAGUGGAGCCUUCGCCACAGCUUCCAAAGCGCACGGUGAAGGCCUCAAGAGAGCACUGCAAGGAAAGCCAGCUUCCUUUACUGUCGUAGGGUAUGAUCAUGACGGUGAGCCUCGGUUGUCUGGUGCUGACAGUGUGUCGGUUGUGCUUAUGAGUCCGGAUGGUAAUCUGUCUAGCGCAGAUGUUUCUGACCACCAAGAUGGAACGUACACAGUCAGCUAUCUGCCCAAGUGCGAGGGUGAGCAUCUGCUAUCGGUGCUUAUAUGCAAUCAGCACAUCGAGGGAAGUCCUUUCAAAGUGAUGGUCAAAUCUGGUCGCAGUUACGGCGGAGUAGGCCUGCCCAUUGUAUCUUUCGGAGGAGAGGGUGAUGGGGACGGGCAGCUGUGUCGGCCUUGGGGAAUCUGUGUGGAUAAGGAGGGCUACGUGGUGGUCGCUGACCGAAGCAACAACCGCGUGCAGAUCUUCAAGCCUUGUGGCACUUUCCACCACAAGUUUGGCACCUUGGGCUCUCGACCGGGCCAGUUUGACCGCCCUGCUGGAGUCGCCUGUGACAGCCAAAGGAGAAUCAUUGUGGCAGAUAAGGACAAUCAUCGCAUCCAGAUCUUUACCUUUGAUGGCCAGUUUCUUCUCAAAUUUGGUGAGAAGGGAACAAAAAAUGGGCAAUUCAACUACCCAUGGGAUGUGGCCAUCAACUCUGAAGGAAAGAUCCUGGUUUCAGAUACACGCAACCACCGCGUGCAGCUCUUUGGACCUGAUGGGACUUUCCUUAACAAAUAUGGAUUCGAAGGUGCCCUCUGGAAACAUUUUGACUCUCCUCGCGGCGUGGCCUUCAAUCGGGAAGGCCACCUUGUUGUGACAGACUUCAACAAUCAUCGGCUGCUUGUCAUCAGGCCCGACUGCCAGUCAGCACGCUUCCUCGGGUCUGAAGGAACCGGAAAUGGCCAGUUCUUGCGGCCUCAAGGUGUAGCGGUGGACCAGGAGGAUCGUAUUAUCGUGGCUGAUUCCCGCAACCAUCGCAUUCAGGUGUUCGAACCCAACGGCAACUUUUUAUGCAAGUUUGGGACACACGGUAAUGGCUUCGGGCAAAUGGAUCGCCCCUCGGGUAUAGCGGUUACCCCAGAUGGAAUGAUUGUGGCUGUGGACUUUGGAAACAACCGAAUCCUCAUGUUCUGACCUUUUAAGGUUUGAAAUACAAAACUGUAGCGCUGGACAAAUGGAAAAGGAGAUUUUGCACAUCUAUCAGGAGCAAAUGCAGUUUUAUUUGGCAAGAUGACAGUUGUAAGGACUUCAUAGUUUUGUAUGUUUCUCAGUGAUUGUGUAACACCAAAUGCUUGCCGUUACAGAACACAGUUUUGACUGCUAAAGGCUGAACGCAUUUUGCUUUUGUUAUGUGUCAUCAAAUCUUUUUUUUCCAUUUUCUUUUUUUUUUCUCAGGGAAUUUCUUGCAUUCUUGAAAUAUUUUCUCUCUGCAUUACACCUACCUCAUCUAGCUUAUGUAUGAAUGUAUUCACAUUUGUGCAGGGAUUAAUCCGUGAAGUUUUAUAAAGAAGCGUCUACCUCAGUGUUUUUUUUUUGUUUGUUUUGUUUUUUUUUCGUAGAAUGUGAGGACAAAAAAAAAAAAAAAAGCAAUUUUUGGGUAUUUGCACAGUUCGCACAAUUUUUUCCUGAUCGUUACUGUGCACCGAACGCAAGUUAUGUCCCUGAAUGUUUCUCAUAACGAUUGAUAAAAACAAAGCUGCAUGUUUUGGCGGAAACAUUAGGUGAACAUUUUGAUAUAUCUACUGCUAUGUUUUUUUUGUUUUUGUUUUUACUUUGUGUACAUUUUAAAUCAGAUUUCAUCUUUAUCUCGUACCUCAUCUAAACCUUUUACCUCAUUUACCGUAUUAUACCUCUGGGUCCAAGAGCCUCAUUACACAUUUACCUCACUUUAUGGUCUUUUCCAUUUGAAAAUGAUGCAAGCAGUUACCAAAAAUAUAUGUUGUAUUACUGAUGAAAAAGACUUCUAAACUAGACAAAUUAUCUGACUUUAGUAAUUUAAUAGGACCCUCAUUAUGUAAUCAAGAGUUUUUCAGAAGAACAAAUGAUUAUUUGAAAUGUGUUAAGAUAGAGUAAAACGGAGGGUGUUCUUUAAAAAAAAAAAGUUUUAUUUCUGGGGAGGAAAGUAUGUAGACACUAAAGUGUGUAUCUAGUGUAAAAAUGACCUAGCCCUUAUCUUUGUGUUUCUAUAGUAUAUAUAUAUAUAUAUAUGCAUGAUUUAGGCAAGGUGAACCUGAUCAACACAACCGGCGAACACAGAUAUAAUUCAGACCCAUAUAUAUAUAUAUAAUAUUAUAGAGACAGACAGACACACACACACACAUAUGUGUAUAUAUGUGUGUGAGUUCUUUCAACAUAGGAUGUAUAUUAAGGCCAGGUUCAUAAGAGUCUCAUUACAAACAGCUGCAUUAGAUCACAAGUUGUUUUUUGUUGUUCUAUUCAUAACAGUAUGGCCUACAGUGCUUCCUGUGCCCAUUUAAGAAAUAUCUCCAGGGAGAUUAUUCACUCCAUCACAACAUCAUUUGAAAACACUUAGAAUCUAUUGAGCCCAGUUUGAAAUGGAUAGUUUGUGCCUGACUUGUGGGGAACCACUUUAAAAUGUUUGCUUCUAUGUUCAGUUGAAGAAAAAAAAAAUAGAGGAAGCAAAGCAUUUGGGGAAAAGAAGAAAAUAAUAUAUGAUUAUAAAGCACUGGUGUACAGCAGAACACAAGCACAUGCUCUCCCAUUAUAGUCUGCCUAAACUUCUUCUGAAGUCCUUUUAUGACCAACAGGAAAGUGUAUCUCACCAGAGUUGUGUGAUAACUCAAAAUAUGAAGUUUGCAAAGAGGCAAUGAGAAUCAUUAAUCACUAAAAUGAUUUUUUUUUCUCUUUCUGGUAAUAAGUGGCCCAUGGGAAUUUGUAUGUUCCUGUUCUUGCAAGCAUCAUCAUGUGUGUGUUUUUGGAUAUUUUGAAAUGGGUGAGCUUUAUACAAACAUCAUUCUGAAUGUGUGUGGUACUAUCACCUUGUUGGUACAUGUGUGGCAGGCCCACUUACAGAACCAAGUGUAUAUGUUUGUAAUAUUAACCUUUGGGGUUACUUUGCAUGAUGCUUUCCGUUUUACCCUUUAGGUAACAUUUAAAACCAGAAAGUUAUCGGAUAGCUGGACGACAUGUUGGAAAGUGGUCAUGUUUUGCCCACCGUUUUCUUGUUGGCUGCAGUUAUCUUUUGUCCUAUCAUGAGUAUUAACGUGCUUGCAUGUAGUCACCUGUGCCUUUCAUGAUGCUAGAUAAAUUGGAACUGAAUGUCUUAGCCAAAGGGUGACUAUAGGAAAUAGGCAUGUGCCAAAAAUGAUUCUGAAAGUCACUGGUGCAUUGAGCUUUUGCUUUUCAUUUAUAAAUUGGAUUUUCCUCAGUUAUUACCUCAUUGUAAACAAAAUAUUGACUUCAAAUUGUGGAUCAUCAGGCAUAUUUAUGUUGAAGAGAUGUAAUUUGAGAUAAUGUUGCGUUUUAUGCUUUGUAAGAAUGGGAAGUAGGCAGUUAGAUUUUUGAACAUUGAUCUGCACAUUAGAUGAAAAUAUAAGGACCAGCUUGGUUAACAGAAGCCUGUUUAAGAAUCUUAUGCAAUAAAAAAAAUGAAAGAUUUGCUUCUUCCACCAACACAAAUCUUCCCUGUCUUACAGUAUUUAUAUCAGAUUUGAUUUGAUGAAUAUUUAGCCACAAAGUUUUUUUUUUCUUCUUUCCCUGAAUCCCUGCGCUGUUUAAAUGUAUAUUUUUGCAUGCUGUAAAGGUCCUUGUAGACGGGUGGAUGUAAAAUUAAGAAUGUUGGAAAACAAAGGGAGGGAUGAAGAAAAAAAACUGUAUAAUUUACCAAAAAAAAAAAGAAAAGCGAUUAUCGUUUGUUAGCUUGUGGUGAGUGGUUGACUAUAUGAUUGUACUAUUUCUAGACCGCUUUACAGAGUAAGGGACCUUACUGAGCUCCAUUCAGAUGCCUUGCCACAGCUGCUUAGCUUUAGGAAUCAAAUCAGAACUGGAAAACUGCCAAAGACCUCGUCUGAUUGAAACAUCCGCGUGUGGAUGUAUUUAUAAAUCACUUUUUUUUUUCAUGCUUGCCCAAAGAUUUAUACAUUUGCCAUCGAUCAUUCUUGUACUUCAACAAGCUGUCGAUAUCUUAACAUAGAGGUGAAGCGCUUGUAGAACACGUCCCGGGACGAUGGCUUUGGUGUGUAACGAGAGUUUCUGAGCAGGUGCCCUACAGGACCAAAGAUGGAGAAAAGUUUGAGUCCGGUUCCCAGUGAGAACUGAUCUCCAGCUGUGUGGUGGUGGUAGAGUUUUAUUUGACAAAGCUGUGAUGACUCCGACUAGAUCAGUACAGAUAAAGCCACUAUAUAAAGCCCAUUUAGCUGUGAUUUGGACACCAUUAAAAGUGUUCUACUUUGAGAGAAUUCAUUUUUUAGGACUGAUACUUUGUCAUCUAGAUAUUAUCUGGCUCAGUGGACGUGAAAGUCAGGGCUUAUCAAACUCAGUCUGCUUUGAAUUUCAAUUUUUUUUCUUUUCUUUCUUUCGUUGGACCUCCGGUCUCUAAUUGUACGGGUUUUUGUCACCAUUUCUGGUGUAUUCCAGCUUACGACUUCCUUACUGGAGAAAAACAGAAAAUCUAAGUUCAGAAUUGUGUGGUCAUAGACCCUUUUAUGAUUGUAUUAUCUUAUGAAAAAAAAAGAGAUGUGUAUACACAUUAAAACAACUCAGGUAGAUUUGUAGAGAUUUGAGAUUUGAUUAAAAUUCAAUAUUUGUUUCCUACAGUUUGAUAGUGAAUCCUUUGUUAGUACCUUAUGAGCUUUUGUGUGUUGUUUUGUUGGUGAAAAUGCUGUUAUUGAAUUCCAUGGGUUCCUUUUUAACCAUGUCACGGUAAACCGUCAGUGAGGGGGUGAGCGAUUCGUAACUUUUACAACAGCAUGUCUCAGUUUUGCAUUUUUUUUUUUUUAUAAAGUCCUAACUUGAUUUGAUUCAUUUAAACCUCAUGUUACUAAAUUAAUAAUUUAUCUCUUUGAUUGGUGGAUGGAUAUGUUGCGAUUAAAUGUUUGCAUUUAAAGGCUGUUACAAAAUUAAUUACCUUUUGAUGGUCAACAAAGUUUGAAAAAUAGGUUUUCAAGAAAUUCGAGGCCAACAGACUCUCUAAAUUAGAACUAUAUUGAAGAUAGAUAUUUCGACUCCAUGUCCCAGCACUGAAGAUUGAGAUUUCCAUCAGGCUUGGCUGUGAGACAGGCUAAGCAAAGAGGUGUGGGGAGAUUCUGCUCCUAAAUUCUGACCUGGAAUCAGUUUUGCCUUCUAAAAUAAAAUGUUUAGGGUAUAAUAAAUGUAGCAAAUGCUGAUUUCAGGUCAGUUGUCAUUUCAGGUUGAUGAUAUUGGUUUAGGGGCCCUCCAAGAGGCCCACCAUUCUUUCCAUCUCUUUCUGUUUCACAACUCGCACUGUCCCACCAUCUAUCACCCACUCAACCAACAACAGAACAGUCAUUUAUUACUCUCUGAGUAAGGCUGAUGAGGCUAUAUGAAAUACGUAGUGGUCUCCAGUCUUAUUCUUUUGUCUUUGUGGACUUUAAACAUUUCCUAUGCAGUUUUUUUUUCCUCUCUCUUUUUAAUGUUUGGUUGUUUAUGAUUUAAAUAAAGUUAUACCUCUUUGGAUCCUG